GUAUGAGAAUAACACAAAAUGAUUUAAAUCAAUAUCUCUCAAAUCAAUAUAUAUUAAAUCGUUCAUUUUUAUCAACAUCAAUUGAUCGUGAAGUAGUUGAAAUGUUUGCUGGUGAAGGUCAACAAUCCAAAAUGAGAUAUACUCCUAAAAAUCAUUGUGCAUUACAAUAUUCAUGUUUAUGUCAAUAUUUAAUAAAACAAAAUUCAACAGCUAUCAAUAUACAAAGUUUAUCAACAAGACCAGAUGAAAAAGAAAUUUUAAUUCUUCCAUUUUCUGUUUUUAAAGUAACAGCAAUUAAACGAAAUUAUCUUGAUGAUCCAGCAGCAUCGAUUUCAAUCGAAAUUGAAUUAGAAGAAUGUGAAGAUCCAAAUGAUAAUAAAAAUGAGUUAGAAAAUAGUGAUACAACGAGAACAUCAUCAUUUUCAUCAUCUGCUGAUGAUAUAAAAGAUAUCGAAGAAUAUCAAAAAUUCAAACAACGAAAACAUCGUCUUUAUGUCAUCAUUGGAGUUUUGGUGUUAGCUAUCCUUUUGGCUUUAACUUUUACAUUCAUUUUUACUUUUGUUAUUAAAAAGAAUUCCACACAAAAUACUACAAACAUGCCAAUGCCUCUGACAGAAUCACCAUUAUCAGAUUGUCCCACUAUAUUUAGUCGAUUUAGCUGGAAUGCAAGACCAUAUAAAAAUCGUAGUAAUGUGACAUUACCGUUUAAACAUAUAGAUGUACUCACACCACCUUCAAGUCCAAUUAUAAAUCAACAAAGUUGUACUAGAGAAAUAAAAAUAUUUCAAGAUUAUCAUAUGGAUGAAAGAGGAUGGGAUGAUAUUGGUUAUAAUUUUAUACUGUGUAAUGAUAAAGAGGAUCAACAACAAAUUUAUAUGGGCAGAGGGUGGACAUAUAUUGGUGCACAUUGUAAAGGCUAUAAUAACGAAUCAUUGGGAGAAUUCAAUGAUGAUGUUGUUAGGGAUGUUGCUGCUGGUGAUGGUGAAGAUCUUGUUCGAUCAUUUUCAAUUUCAUUUUUGACUACUUCAUGGAUGUGUCGUCAAACUCGUUUACUGGAAGGAUCUAAUUGUUUGAAUUGA